AUGACUCACUUUCGCACGACCGGUGCUGUUUCCGACACUGGCAAUAAUCGCCAUGCGUCUUAUUCAGCCUACUUGGGCACUCAGCUGGGAAAUCCCGCGCAGCAUGAUGUUUCGGCUCCCCAUGGCCAGCAUGUCGGUCAUUCGGAUGCCAUCGGUGCGGUCAUGAACCAGUUUAGCACCCUUGCCCUUCCUGCUGGUCCUGGUUCCAGCAUUUCGCAGCAUAUGCAGGCACACCAUGCGUACUGUGCCCCUCAGGACCAGGCUUUGGCCUACCAGGGCUACUCGGUCCCGCUCCAUGUUGGCAUUACUCCCGAGGCGGCGUACCCGUUCGGCGUGUCUGGACAAUUCCCGGUCCAGAGUGGCUUCGCCCCGUUGCCGGUCCCGUACCAUACCAUGCCUUACACGCCUGGUCGUGUUGCCUCGUUCGCGGACCGCAGCACAGACGUUCCUGGCUUGGAGAACCGCCGCGGUUCUUAUUCCACCACCGAGUCCACUCCGGCAACCCCCUUCUUUGGCAGCGCGUCUGAGCGGGGCGGUGCGUCGAGGGUUGCGGUCUUUCGCUCGAGCUAUAAUACACCCUCCCCCGAGCAGAUUGUGGCACCCAAGGCGCCUCAGCCCAUUGAUGAAGAUCUCCUUGCCUUGCUCAAGCAGGAUCCUCCCAUCCCUGAGGCUGUGCCGGCUGUUUUCACACCUCCCAGCCACACAAAGUCCAUUGAGCAAUGCCUGGAGAAUAGAAUCCACGGCAAUCGCAAUGUUUACAUUCGUGGCCUCCACCCGACCACCGACGAUGAGCUCCUGCUCAAGUAUGCGUCUCGCUUUGGUAAGGUGGAGCAGAGCAAGGCCAUCAUCGACACAUCUACCGGUGCUUGCAAAGGAUUUGGAUUCGCAAAGUUUGCGGACGUCCGUGACUCUGAGAAGUGUAUUCGUGGCUUCUAUUAUCUUGGCUAUGAGGUUGGCUUCGCUCGGGAGAGCUUCAAUGCCAGACUCAAGGCUGAGGGCGACGAUACGUCGACGAACCUGUAUUUGUCCAACCUUCCGAAGCGUCUGAACGAGUCGGAACUCAAUGCCAUUUUUGCUGGCUACCACAUCGUCUCCAGCAAGAUCCUCCGUGACAGCAUGGGCAACAGCCGCGGUGUCGGAUUCGCUCGGUUUGAGACCCGUGAGGAGUGCGAGGAAAUUAUCAAGAAGUACCACGGUGCUGCCAUUGGCGAAGAGGGAAUGCUGAUGCAGGUCCGCUAUGCGGACACGCCCGCCCAGAAGGAGCUGAAGCGCAUCACCGCCGAGCGUCGUCAGUUCCGCACGAAUGAGUACAACAUUGGUGCUUACGGCACUGCCGAUGUCGGAAUCCACCCGAGCAUUUACAACCCCGGCCCGUGGAACCGCCGUGCUGCCAGCAUGGGAGCUAACGGCCUCUUUGGUCCCCGCGUUGCUGUUCGUACCAACCUCGGCAGCAGCGUGAGUGUGGGCUCCAUGACGGGUCAGGGCAUGGGACAUACCCCCAAGCAGACCACCUCGGUGCCUGGCACGACAUCCUCUGACGAUGGCUUGGGUGGUGACGGUGCCACAGUCGUUGACUCGCCGACGAUCAAGCUAGAGAAGAGCAGCACCCAGUCGUCCCCUACCGUCAGGAAGGAGAAGGCCUAG